AUGCCACAAGCUAGCCUUCUCGCGUAUCUGACACCACAGCCAUCAACCUCUGCACCUCCCUCGGUGUCUAGUCCACCAUUGUCACUGAACUUGUCAGCCGGAGCAGUGGGUUCAUUGUGCAACGGCACUGAAGAUUCAUCUGUGCCUGCUGGUGCGGACAUAAUCGAGAAGGUUCAACAUCAGCUCUCCACAGAUGACAGAGCCGGAACCAUCCCACACUUUCCAAAGGCCCAGAUUGUCCAUGUCUCUCGGGCUCACCUGCCCUCAAUCCAAAGACUGACCAACACCACUUUGCAAGUUCGGUACAGCGAUAAAUUCUUCCAGGGUACCUUGACCGAUGACGGUGCUGCCCAGCUAUCCCGUGUUGUGCUCUACUCUUCCGAGCCUGUAGGAUGGAUUCGAUGCUGUUUGGAGCCUUACGGUCCGGAAAAGGGCUCUCAGCCGCAAUUGCAGCAGAUAUACAUCCAAGCGUUGGCUUUACUCGCACCGUAUCGAGGCAUUGGCCUUGCUUCCAUUCUGCUCAACACGAUUAUCAGUUCACCAUUAGCGCAUGCGCACAACACAGUGUGUAUAUAUGCACACGUGUGGGAGAAGAACGAAGAUGCUUUGGAAUGGUAUGCCAAACGUGGGUUCAAGCGGGUCUUGCUACUUGAAAGGUACUAUAGGAGAUUGAGACCCGGCGGGGCUUGGAUCGUUCGAAAGGAAUUGAACAAAAGUUAA